AUGGGUGGCUACGAGUCUAACAUGGACGAUAUCCUGGCAGAGGACAUGCACCACUGGUACAAUAAGUUCAUGAAAGAGUCUCCUUCGGGACUCAUCACGUUGUUUGAGCUGAAGACGAUGCUGGAGAUGCAGGGGAUGACAGAAGAAGCUAGCAGCUACGUCGACCAGGUCUUCUUUACCUUCGACAUGGACGGGGAUGGAUAUAUAGACUUCGUAGAAUACAUAGCAGCAGUCAGUCUAAUGCUGAAAGGAGAAAUCAACCAGAAACUGAAAUGGUACUUCAAACUUUUCGAUCAGGACGGAAACGGCAAAAUUGACCAAGAUGAAAUGGGGACAAUAUUCAAGGCUAUCCAGGACAUCACCAGAUGUUAUGACCCUCCUACGGAGGAGAUUGUGACCCUCAUCUAUGAGAAGGUUGACAUAAAUAACGAAGGUGAGUUGACUCUGGAGGAGUUUAUCGAAGGAGCCAGGGACCACCAAGACAUCAUGGAGAUGUUGGGAAAGAUGAUGGACCUCACCAACGUUCUAAAGAUCAUUGUCAACGGACAGAAAAUGCAGGUCAAAUCACCCGAAUGAUGAUGACGUCACUUCCUGUUGCACUUCCUGUUUGAUGGACUCAGAAUUUACAGAAUGCAACGCAGAAAGGUUGUUGAGAAAGAAUAGGAUUGUCUGGGACGGAAAGAAAUUAUAGUGGAAUGUUUAAUAUAUAAUAUAUGGAGAAAAUGUAUAAAAGAACAAACGACCAACUUGAGCAUCUUGAUGAGAAGGUGAAUAUACAUGAAUGGGAGGGAGCCAAGUCCCAAAUCUCCAUCGACCAAGAAGACUGAGUUGAUGUAAGGAUAAUGGAACCAUGCCAUGAGGCCAUGUGACCCGUCUUGCCUACUCUAUGUUCUCUAUUUCUACAUGCCGAUUGUCGUUUCACCCUUCUCCAGAAGUCCCAUCAUAGAUUUAACCACGGUGGAAACCCUCUAGGCAAUGAUUACACCAAUGAAAUACUUUGAGAUCAAUGACAGGAAGUGUGAAAGUGCAAGUGUAGAGAUUUGGGAUGCAACCUAUAUGUUCUCUCUGUGUGUAUCACUUGAGUGGAGCAGAGGAGAGACCUUUUCCUCAUCUUCCUCCUCUUCCUCCUUCUGGUGCUCUCACAGUCACCACAGCUCUCUCUAGUCUUCCUCCUGUUCUCACAGUCACCACAGCUCUCUCUAGUCUUCCUCCUCAUCUGACAGUCACCACAGCUCUCUCUAGUCCUCCUCAUCUCACAGUCACCACAGCUCUCUCUA